CUACGCAACAGCUAUUCCAAAGCAUAUACAAGGGGUGGAUAUCACAAUUGUCGUGUCACAGGCCAACCAUGGAGACAAAACGAUUUCUUCAUUUAUGCCGUUGUUAUUCAAAAGUUUGACUCAAAAUCAAAAGGGUGUUACGAUGUCUUCAGCGAAGAUGAAAUCUCGUUAAGCGUUGAAGCGCAGUUUAAUUCGAGAACCGUAAACUGCAUCAUUUACAGAAUGGACCACUACCCGAAGAUACAUGAGG